AUGAGUAGAAAGUAGAAACUAGAGGCGGGGUUUGGUAGAGAAAAAGGAAGGAAUUGCGAAUGCAAGUAUGAGACAUGGGAAAACGGCAUUGCAAUUUGCAAGGCGAGCCAACUCCCCAAUCCAACGACGACGUUUUCGCCUCCUUCCGUUUCCGCGGCACUCCAAUCAACCGGAAGCACCGGUUCAAGCGACUCGCCAAGCCGCUGAGGCCCAAACCCAACCCAUCACCACCACAGCCGCCACCCGACAUUCCUUCGCCAAAAAUGAAAACUUUGCCUCAACAUUUCUUUCAAAUCGACGCUCUGGACCUCGCUCCACGUUUGCUCGGAAAGUUUCUUCGCCGAGACGACGUCGUUCUUCAAAUCACCGAGGUUGAAGCGUACAGACCAAACGACUCAGCUUCUCACGGUCGUUUUGGCGUUACUUCAAGAACUGCCCCUGUUUUUGGACCGGGUGGGCAUGCCUAUGUUUAUCUUUGCUACGGUCUCCACACGAUGCUAAAUGUUGUUGCAGACAAGGAAGGAGCUGGAGCUGGUGUUUUGAUACGGUCUUGUGCACCCGUUAGAGGAUUGGAUGUCAUUCAACAGCGCCGAGGUCUGAAAACUGAGAAACCUAUUCUUCUUACCGGUCCCGGAAAGGUUGGUCAGGCACUAGGUCUUUCGACAGAAUGGUCCAACCAUCCUCUCUAUACACCUGGUGGUUUGGAACUCUUAGAUGGUCCAGAGCCGGAAAACAUAUUGGUAGGUCCACGUGUUGGUAUCCAAAAUGCUUUGCCAGAGCAUGUCAACGCAUUGUGGAGAUUUGCCAUUGCAGGUACUCCUUGGAUUAGUGCUCCAAAGAACACUCUCAGGCCAGCCUUAUAGUGUAGUAGUAGCUCAAGGGAGAAAAAUGGUUUCAUCAUGACUAACAGAUUACGUAAAUUUCAUAUGCGUGUACAGCUGUUUGUUUACUGCGUCAAUGCUGCCAUUUUCUUGGUAAUGCCCACUACCAAGAAAAGUUCAACUUAAUUUAAGGUAUGGAAAAUUUUUAAUAUAAAAUUAUGAAACUAA